AUGAACGAUAACCACUUUGAAUAAAAUCUGGCAUCAGAUAGACCUGAAAACAGACAUCCGAAUGUCGAGGGAUAGCGUGAAAGUUCUGCUUUUCUCGUUAACGAUUAGCAUAAUGGACCACUAAAUGGCAAAAUUCAGCUUUUCAAAGAGGACAGACUUCUAGAUUUAGUAUAACUAGAAGAAAUAGAACCAAUUAGUAAUUAAUAUUUUGGACAGCUAGUCUUGGAUUCAUUUUCAUAAGAUAAGGGUCUUAUCAUUGGUAGAAUUUAAACAAGAGAUCGUGUGAAUUUCAAAAGGUCCUUUUAUCAUAAUUUCUACGCUCCUAAUCUUAUAAAACUGCUUUUCAAGACCCCAUUUUUGUUCACGGAUGAGAUGCUAAUCAGCAGAUACCACCCUAAUAUUCCACUUACUGUGCGUAACCCUCUUACGAAUGAGAUUGUAGUUGGUGAAGUUGAAUUCUUUUUAUUAAGCGCAGAAUAAAAAUCUAAAAUUAAUAAUAAUAUAGAUAAUUAGAUGCUUGAUAAUAUCCCCAAUAGUAAUAGUAACAAUUAGUUGCUCAGGACUCAACAGAAUAAUCUUGGGCCUCGGGCCAUGUGGACUUAAAUCUAGCACAGAAAGAAGACAAUAUGUUUCCAUGGAGCAAUACUUUGCUUCUACAUUAUUGCUGCAAUUACAACAUUUGCUUUAGGAAUAUAUGGUUUCAGUUAACUAGGCAAAGACUCUGAUUCAAACAAUGCAGUUGGAUCCAAAAUUGGUGCCUCUAAUAAUAGUUCUGGGAAUCCGAUAGAUGUUAAGUAAUCGAGCAAAUCUUAAGAUAACUCAGAGGAUGAAGCAAGAAUGAAUUUUAAUAUCUUCACUUAUACACUACCUAUUUCCAAUAAUAACAGCAAUAUACGGGUACUUUCUAAGGAAAAACACAUUUGCAUGAAUUAUCUUAAACGAUCAUGA